AACCCCGUGCGUUACAUCACCUCUCACCUUGAGCUUGAAUGGGUGGGGAGAAGUCUAUUCUUACACAGAUCUCCAGUGCCAAUCAUACAAAGUACUCCUGUUUCUCUGUUUUGCCGCCCUGAAUCCGAAACGUCCGCUGCCCCACCACGCCCCAGCCCCGGUGGACUCUAUCAGCCGCAGCCUUCCAUCCCACUGCAACCACCACGACCAGCGACCGUUCCCCACGAUACCCCCUCCUCCACAAACAACCGAUCCAUCAUGGCAACCCACAACACCGACGAAGGCGCCUCAGCCAAAGAGCUCCUCCUCGAAGCCGCGCGUCGCGACAACACCGAGCUUCUCACAGAAGUGCUCGAGCACCACCACACGCCGGAGUUCCUCAACAACUCGACCGACGCGCUCGGCAACACCGCGUUGCACGUCGCCGCACAGUAUGGUGCUUACGACGUGAUGGACGAGCUCCUGGACCAGGAGGGCCUCGAGGUCGACCCGCGGAAUCGCAUGGAGGGGAAUACCCCGUUGCACAAGGCUGUCUACUUCGCCAAGGGCGAGAAACAGCUGGGAUUGGAGAUAGUCAAGUUGUUGACGGAGGCCGGGGCGGAUCCUAGAGUCCGCAACAAGCAGAAACAGCGUCCGAUCGAUAUCAGUGAUCCGAGGGAUACGGAGCUCCGCCAGGUUCUGCAGAGUGCGGAGUACAUGAUGAGUAUGGGCAACGACUUGGUUCCCGAGGAGGACACAGACGACGGGCCCAGAAGCGGAAGCGAGAGUAGUUAAGCCGUGAAUGGCGGGGGUUACUGCGUACAUACUAAAGUUUAGACCGGUAGACGAUUAGGGCUGGUGCUGGUGGGGUUUGGUUUGAAAAGUGGACGACGGGAGGGAGCAUCAUUGUGUUUUUUUCUUUCUUUCUACACAUGCAAUUGUGUGAGAUGGGCGUUUGGAUGGGUCAUAUGGGGCAUCUCAGAUUACUCGCGCUAUACUAUACCUACACUUUUACUUCCCAACACACAUACAUAGUUGCAGGGGAUUCCUCGGGCGUUUGUGAGUGCUUGUCAACCGGUCAAGCGGGGUGGGAACGGUGGUGAGCCCUGACAAAUGUGGAGACAGUAACUUGGGUUUGUGCGAGAC